AUGCGCGGAGCAGGCAUGGGCCGCGGGGGAAACAUGGGGGGCAUGGGGGGAAUGGGGAUGCGCGGGCCAGGCAUGCGGGACAUGGGCAUGCGGGGGCCAGGCGCGCGGGAGGGGCCGGGCGUCGUACGCGAUACAGGAAUGAGUGAGCUCGCGCUCCGAUCCAUGGCGAUGCGGGACCCAGGAAUGCGCGACGGAGGGAUGCAUCGCGGCGGGAGAGGCCCCGCGGCGUACGGCGGCGCGUACGGCGGCGCAUAUGGCGGAGGCGCGGGGCCGCGGCGGGAAUGGGGCGCGCAGGAGCAGCGGCGGUGGGGGGCCGGUGGUGGUUACGUUUCGGGAAUACCGGCGUCGGGAGUAGCGCCGUACGAUAGUCCCCCCGAGACGACAUACGUGGAGAUGGAGGACGAUCCGACGGGCCACGACUCGCCGCCGUCGUAUCACAGAGCGGGCGACGUGAACCCGCACAUCGCCAUGCUUAGGCGACGCCGCGCCAUGUACAGCAGCAGCAGAUCGCACUACCUAUCGGCGCUUAUCAAGCAGAAUCUUCCUUACAUAGUCAUCGCGUCAGGGGCAGGAGCAGCGAAAAAUCCAGUGGACCCGCGGGUUCUGCAGCAGCAAGGGGGCGCGCAGCAGCAGCAGCCACGAGUUGAAGCUGCAGGCGCGACAGGCGCAGCGGGCGGGGGACUGAUGGCGGGGGCGGCGGGAGGGGGACUGCGGCUGGGGCAGCCGGCGGGGGGCGCGCAGGGGCGUCAGGCGGAGGCAUGGCGGCCACAGCAGGGGGAACAGGCGCAGCAGGGGCCGCAGGCGCAGCAGGAGGGGGAGCGGGGACCACUGCAGGGACGGCGGGAGCAGCAGGGGGGGGAGACGUAG